AUGGCAAAAAGAACAAACAACUAUGAGGACCAACGUCUUCAGGAAUCAAAUUCAAAAAUCAUUCGCUGGUUUGGUUUUGAUCAAUUUGUUCCUGAACAGGCAGUGACUUCAUAUUGGGUCUCUUCAAAGACAUUCUUGUUGAUUCGCGUUCCAAUUCUUCUCUACACAACCAUAGUUAUAUGGACUGAUCUUGGUGUAAGCGCAGCAGAGGGCGGUGGCUCUCGAUUUUUUGGAUAUUUUACCACCCUAACAUUUGUUGGUCUUCAUGCUUAUAUCGUGACAUCAGUAGUGCAUCAUGUUCGUUACUUGAUGCAAUCUCCUCAUCGCCCAUCUUCUUUCCUUGAUCAACCAGCCUGGAUAAAUUAUCUAUAUGUCUGGCUAUAUCACACUGUUGUUACAUUCAACAUCGUCACACCCGUUGUCUAUUGGAGUCUUUUGGCAGGCACUAUGCUUGAAGAUGGAGCAACACCUCUCAAUUGGUGGCUGACUGGCUCUGUUCAUGCUGUAUCGUUCUUCCUGAUGAUGACUGAUAUGAUUUUUGGCCGUGUGAAGUUCUUUAUUAGACAAGUAAUAACUGUACUUUGCACUGUAAUUCUUUACAUGUUCUUGUCAUUCAUUAUUCAUGCAAGUACUGGUUGGUGGGUAUAUCCUUUCCUUGAUUGGUCCAACGGCCGAUUUACUGCCUUGUGGUAUUUUGCAGUAGCAAUCGGAAUAGUCGUCAUCUUCUUUAUCCAGUUCUUCUUUCACUGGCUCCGGGAUCGUAUCGCACUCGGUAAACCUCGGUCUUCCACCUUAGAUUCAGAAGCUAAUGAUAUACAGGAAAAAGAUUAG